AAAUCUCAUGAUUUAAAUCAACCAUAAAUUACAUUUAUCACAAAUUAAUUUUGUCCAACUAUCAAAUGCCCUUCUACCAAAUUGCAACCACACUAUGAUUUCUUGGUUGAAAGCAUGUAAUAAUGCUAAAUAAAAUAGAGGAACAUUCCCACAUAUUAAAACUAUAAUGACAAAAAUAGUUUAAUUAAUGAGAUGUAAAGGGAAAAAUUAAAGACGAUGUAAAUGAAAAGGCAAAAUAAGAAGUUUCAGAAGUUUGGUCUUUGUUUCUUAUCCGUUGGUAAUGGUUUUAAAAACAGAGGUUGAAGAUGACAAUGUCCGAACCUUCCGUUAUUUUUCUAAGAAAAGCCUUAACGGAUCUCCAUAUUCUAAACCCUUCUCCAUUUCUCCUUUACCAUUCUUCUCUCUAUCUCUCUCUCUCUCUCUCCAAAUCCUCUCACAGGGAGAGAGAACAAGGCCAGAAACAGAGCAUUCUUUCCAAUGGCUUCCUCAUCGGAGGAUCAACAAUCUCAAUCCAAAGCCACUGACCCACCUCCUCCGCACCCGUCCUCUGCCGGAAACAACCCUCCUCCUGUCUAUCCACCGCCCACAUUGGGGUACCCUCCUCCUCAAGGCCAUGGGGGGUACUCUCCGGCAAUGGGGUACCCUCCAGCUCCACAUCCAAGGUACCCACCGGCUACAGGGAAUUACCCUCCUUACAAUGCGUACUACGCUCAGGCUCCCCCGGCGGCGUAUUACAAUAACCCCCAAAAUUACAGAGCGGGGACGAUAAGCGCGGGAUUCCUCCGAGGGAUUGUGGCGGCGUUGAUUUUAUUGGUGGCUAUAAUGACUCUGUCCAGCAUAAUCACAUGGAUCAUCCUCCGCCCUGAAGUCCCAGUGUUUAAAGUCGAUUCAUUCUCCGUUUCGAAUUUCAAUAUCUCGAAAUUGAAUUACUCCGGAAAUUGGGAUGCGAGUGUGACGGUUCAAAAUCCGAACCAUAAACUGAAUGUGAAUAUGGAGCGGAUCCAGAGCUUCGUGGACUACAAACAAAAUACGUUGGCAAUGUCCUACGCGGAUCCAUUUUUUCUAGAUGUGGAGAAGAGCGGUCAAAUGAAGGUGAAAUUGACGUCGAGUAGUCCCGAUGAUCCGGGAAAUUGGUUGGAAACAGAGGAGAAGUUGGGGCGGGAGAGGGCGACCGGAACGGUGAGUUUCAAUUUGAGAUUCUUUGCUUGGACAACUUUCCGAACUGGUUCUUGGUGGACAAGGCGGGUUGUUAUGAGAGUGUCUUGUGAAGAUAUGAAGCUGGUCUUCACCGGACCCGCCGCGGGUCAUGCCGUUUACUUGGCCGACGAACACUCCAAGACUUGUUCUGUUCUCGUCUAGAAGAAUUCUUCGGAAAGUAGGCAAAUUGUGUGGGGGCUUCAAGGAAAAAGGGGUAUAGCAGAGAGAUUUGCAUUCAUGUUUGGAGAUUAUGAAACUUUAUAUUCAAUUCUAGGGAUUUUUUUUUUUUAUAAAAUUUUUAGUAUCAUAUCUCUGUCCUCUUCAAAUAACAAUCUUAUUUUAUUUUUUUUUAGAUAGAGAAAGUUUGUUUCUGAAUGUCUUGGGGUUGUUUUAGAGGAAAGAAGAGACCAUGUAACUUUGUUUUGUUUUUUCAUUUUCAUUUUCAUUUUCUUAUCAAUUGCUCUUUUGAAAGUUAUAUACUUA